AUGGCGGGUGCACGCAUGCCUGCUAUGGGCCCGUUCACGGGGCAGAGGACAUUGCAGCCUGGGAUGCGUGUGCGGAUCGGCACACAUCUCGUGACAGUGCGAAAGUUCCUGAGCCGCGGCGGGUUUGCUCAGGUGUACUUAGUUGAGGCAGAUGUGCCUGUGCCGGUCCCUGGGCAUUCUCGAGACGAAUCGACUCUUGUUCUCAAGCACAUGUGCGUGUGGACGAAGGAGGCACUCGCUACAGUGCGUUCGGAAGUUGAGCAUCACCGGCGUUUGCAGGGCCAUGAAUCUAUCGUUCACUUCGUCGAGGCGUCCGCUGCGACGUUGGUGGGUGAUGGAUGGGAAAUCUUUAUACUAAUGGAGUACUGUGCUGGUGGCGGCCUCAUUGACUUUCUAAAUACGCGUCUUCAGCACCGCUUACAUGAGUCGGAGGUAUUGAGCAUCUUUCAAGAUGUGUGUGAGGGUAUUGCAGUGAUGCAUCAUUUAUCGCCGCCACUUGUGCAUCGCGAUAUCAAGAUUGAAAAUGUACUUCUGACAGCGACGGACACGCCACGCUUCAAACUGUGUGAUUUCGGCUCCUGCUUCUCCCUACUAUCAACAAAGCCUGCAGUAACUUCCGAAGAGAUCCAGCGCUGUGAGAAAGAGCUGAAUCAGCAUACGACCGUGCAGUACCGAGCGCCGGAGAUGAUGGAUCUCGGCAUGCAUGUGCCCAUCACUGAAAAAGCCGACAUAUGGGCAUUGGGCGUGUUUCUGUACAAACUAUGCUACUACACAACGCCGUUUGAAGGCCCAGGGGCUGGGCCUGCGGCAAUCCUUCGCGCUCGGUUCACAUACCCUGCGCAGCCCUCGUAUUCAAAUGAGCUGCGCGCCCUCAUCGAUUCCUUGCUCCAAGUGCGUGCGGAUGCACGCCCAGAUAUCGAUUCGAUCCUCGCUCGUGUGUCUCGACUACUGACACUUGUGGCUAAGCGCGCAGAAAAGCGAGUGAAUGCCGUAUCCAUUCCGGCGCCUGGCCCAGCGCCAGCGCCAGCGCCACCGGACGAUGCGUUGGCCGCUUCUACUGACACAUCUUCAAAGGCCGUUUUGCCACGACAGCCCGCUCCUGUACCUGUCGUCACGCCGCCCCAGUCUCGAUGGCCACAAAGUAAUGCAGGCUCCAGCCUCACACGCCACGCGACAAUAUCAGGACCGAGCCCCACCAGGCAAGCCGCGAGGUCGCCAGGGCGACCCGACUCGUUAGUCCUGGACGUCGCAUUGGACGACGUCACUGCACGAUUUCCCAGUAUGAUGGACUUUGACAAGGCACAUGCACCACGGCGUAGUGUUCGUUCGAUGGUGCAGGAACUCGAUGCAGGCUCGCCGCCGCGAACUGUCUCGAUCCCCAUGGACAAGACGUCGUCUAAUUCCCAGUGCGGCAAACCUGAUCACACUCUCGUUGAUGUUGAUCUUAGCUCAAGUGAAGAUGAGGACGAGCCGCCGGAAGAUGUGGAUACCAGCAGUCCGGCCUACCAUGGCUCGGCCUCAUCACUCCCUCACUCAUGUGUCGCCUGCUGA